AUAGCAAUGUCAGAGUUUUUGAGAAGCGAUUCAAUUUUGAGCAAUUUAUACAAUCCUGAGCAUGACUAUUAUUACAAUUCAUAUUCAUACUUAAAUGUACACGAAGAAAUGCUGAAGGAUCACCAGAGAACGUUGAGUUAUCAUAACGCAAUCAUGAACAACAAGCAUUUGUUCGAAAACAAAAUUGUGCUUGACGUGGGGGCAGGAACAGGCAUACUAUCCAUGUUUGCAGCCAAGGCGGGCGCCAAACACGUGUACGCAAUAGAGUACAGCUCGAUCGCUGAUAUAGCUCAAAAUAUAGUGGCAACCAACAAACUUAGCGAUCGCAUAACUAUCAUUAAGAAGAAGGCAGAGGAGACAGAAUUACCCGUCGACAAAGUGGACAUCAUUAUAAGCGAAUGGAUGGGGUACAUGCUGUUAUUUGAAGGCAUGUUGGACACGGUUAUAUUUUGCAGAAAUAAAUGGCUUCGUAACGGUGGGUUGAUGUUUCCUGAAAAAGCAUUCCUUGAAAUGGCAGCGGUGAACAAUUCGGAGUGGAGGCUCGGUAAUCUUAUGUACUGGAACAACGUUUACGGUUUCGACUUCAGCCCGGUGAAGGAGCACAUCCUGAACGAAGCAGUAGUCAACUCCAUUGACGAAGAAAGAAUAAUAUCCACUCCUGCCCACGUUGCCAUGUUCGAUUUGUACACUGUGCAGCCCGAGCAGUUAAAUUUCUUCAGUGGUUUCCAGCUCAAAACCACACGCAGAGAUUACUGCUUUGGGUUUGUGGUCUGGUUCGACGUUUACUUCCCUGGCCACGUACCAACCAUUCUUUCUACUUCGCCCCUGGACGAAAACACGCACUGGAAGCAAACUAUUUUGUAUUUCGAAGAACCUUUGCUGGUCGACAAAGACAACAUUAUCCAAGGUUUGAUCGGUUUGAAAAAAAAUCGAUUAAACGCUCGGAAUCUAGAUAUAAAGCUCCAUGUGAAAUUCAAACGUGUGACACUCGAUAAAUACUUUUUUUUGCAAUGA